AUGGCCGAAGAUCAGGUUUAUUUGAGUUGCCUGCCUGUAGCCUCGGUGGUAUCCAAUUGGACUUACCUCUAUCCCUACGCCAACACUCCACCAAGAGACCUUUGUGUGACCUCUAGAGGGGCUGGUCAGCACCUCCCCACUCGCGCGAUGCUACUCGGUUGCAGCGACCUCAUCUCGGUCGCUCAUACCUUCCUCCUUAACUGCAUGUCCAAGACUUGUGGAAGUGACCCUUCAUGGAGCGCUACCCCCCUGCAGGUCAUCUGUUGUGAUUUCGAGCCCUGCCUUAUCGCUCGUUCCCUCCUCCAUCUUCAACUACUCCUCGGAAGGCCCUCCUCUGACGGGCGAGACGUGACUGUAGAGGACAUCGUCGUGGCUUGGGAGGUAGCCAACUCGAUGUUCAUCACCCCAGAGGCGGCUGGGAGGUUACAGAGGGCCGCUCAGGAACUCCGCAACUCUCUUGAGGAUGAUGAUAAGUGGAGUCGUGAAGGCCUUGGGAGGUUCGGCGUCUACGUGACCGGUGACAAGGCGGCUGUGGUAAAGCUGUUGAAGUGGUGGUGUGAAGGUCUCGAGAAGGGUAUCUUUAGUGGCCGCAUUGCCCUCACGAGUGUUAGAACUGCGAGGAGGCGUAUGAGCGACGCCUUAGGGGUGAGCGAAGCCUACGAUCAGACUUUUAUGGUCCAUAAGGUCAACGGUGGUGAUCCAAGGUUGGAGGAGUUCACCGCCUCGUAUGUGGCCCAGGGCUUCGUCGGACUGGAGGGCAUCUUAGCUUCCACUGGAGGCUUCCUCUCACCGACUGAAGCUUCCGAGCGGAAGUGUGUCAAUCCAACGUUCCUCGCUGACGUCUACGACUUCCCUAAAAAGAUCGCAAAGUUGCCGAAGGGCGCUUCAGCUAGUGAAGUUGCGAAGGUCUGGAGGGUCCAUUACUUCGCCAAUCCCUACCAGAGUUGUCCGUUGGAUCUCAUUAGAUGCCUCGAGGAGUUGUCGCGUCCCUCUACGAAGUUCGUCACCGCCUCUCGCUCGACUUGCCUGUCUCCUGCUCAGUGGUGCUUUGAGCUCUUCGGUCAGCGAUCAGAGGCAAUGGCAUCAGCUCUGACCACCGGGAGGCAUCAGAUAGUACUCCACUGUGGUGAUGCCUUCGCCCUCUGUGAUGCCCUCAGGCCAGGGGAUCCUCGGGCUACCCUACCAUCUCUGAUACCAAAAGUGAAGAAGUUAAGGGCGACUUUGAAGGGAAUUCAAUUUCCCAAUCAGUUUGAUUUCAUUGACACCUCCAACAUCGGCGACAACACUGGCGUGCUGCCACUCCUGUUGGCGUGUGCUCCCCUGCUUGCCUCCAAAGCUGACAACCCUCGAGCGAGUCUGGCUACUGAUGUGAUGAAAGGCCGCGGCAACAACGAGGAGGAAGUCGUUCAGGAUUGUCUCUCUAACGUUCCUCUAUGGCUCAUCCCAUUCUCUUGUGGUUUACAGUUGGACUUCGCAAGGUCGACUGUUGACCAUCACGACUCGGCAGCCAAGCGAGACCCCAGCAGUCUGUGGAUGGCCUAUCCUCGUUCGUUCUCGAGCUUCUUGAUUGCGAUCGCCUUGCAGCAUGGUAUGGUACCGAUGCGGUGGCGUCGCUGUUAUGCCGGCUUCAAUCAAGUGUCCGUGUCCGACUCCAACGACUUGAAAGCCUCCAUCUACCGUGCCUUCGACAUCGCUGUUAGACUGAAGUGUGAUCGCCCUGUUGGCCUCAACACCUUCGUCCGUCUCGUCGAUUCUCUGGCGGCUUUCCUAAGCCCGGAUUGCAUCGAUGAGUUGAUGCAGCUCUUCGAGGAGAGUGCGAUCAUGCGCCUGGUACAAAAGAAGCCUUUUUCUACAAUACUGGGAUACGCCUUGUCGCUGUCCGGCCUCCUUGACUUACAUGGUGACCUGUAUGACUUCGAGAAGGACCUCAGGAUACGACGGGCCGUCACCCUAUAUGAUGUUACUGUGAAGAUUGGUAGAGAUUGGAAAGUCUACCGCGAUGGCCAAGAGAAGCAAGCCUUUGCUCGAAUGGCUAAGAAAAACGACUCCAGUGGAAGCUUGGAGAAGCGUCGGCGGGGUGGCCCAGAUUACUGCCUGGUAUCUGUGGUACUCAACGACGAGGGUAUCCACGUUGUAUUCCCGGUCGAGAGUGUCGAGGGUGACGAGCUCCACAUCUUCGUGCCGGACGUAGUCGUUCACUAUGCCGUCACUGGAAGAGUUUAUGUCACGUAUUCGAGCUUGAGUGUGAUUGAGGAGUCGUUCGAGGCCGAUGCGAAGGUGUUGAGGAAGAAACCGCUCAAUCGAUCUCUCUAUCUGCCUGGAAAAUAUCAUGGGACUGGGGUGAAGGAUCCUUCGCUGGCUGUACGCGAAUGGAAAGCCGACGGGUCGGUCCGGUUUGUGGCCAAGUUGAGAGGGAAGGAGCUUGCAUCGUUACAGAAGAAGGAGAAGGUUGAGGUCAACGAGCGUGUUGGAGAGCCUCAGACCAUCGACGUAGUUACAGCCGGGGCCACUCUGCACACCUUCACUUUGCCAGUGGAGGUCGCCGUCAAUGAUGUCCAUAUGAAAGUAUCCCGUGGCAGCGGCUCCUUGGACAUUACCCUACCGGCCUUGUACUGCUGCCCUCUUGGCUCUCUCACUGGUGAUGCCUUGCCACGAUCGAUCUUCAGCACCUCCCGUAGUGGCGAAUCGAAGGUUUCGGUGGUCCCGUCAGUCGCCGAUGCAACGUUGAAGUCGGUCGCCGACAGUCAGGGUUGGAUGAACAGAGGCCUUUUUGGUAGGAUGUUGCCAUUGAAGAUUCGGGCCAAUAAGAGUACCGCUACGAACCAAUUGAGGGAGUCCCUCGCACUCGUCUACUCCACGACCCUUGAUGACCGGGCUGCUGGCAAGGAGUAUGGUGGCCGCGCUAUAAUGUCCCUCGCUCGAGGCACAUCGAGUGAUGUUAUUAUGUUGCUCUCCCCCAAUACCACCUACGAUUGGAUCCACGGCCUCGUCAUAAAGGGUGCGGUCUGUAUACUCAAGCACGAGUUCGUCUACGACGUGGCCCCUGAGGUGUCGAGGAUUCAAAGCCGCCGGGGGAUGAGGUCAAUCACAGUAGACGAGAGUUGUGGGGAGUUCGAGUGUUGGACUGAUCACUACUUGCCAGCUGCGAUGGAGCUCGCCCGUGUGACGCGUGGUAUACCGCGGAUCAGAGCAGAUGCCUACAACUGUGCCAUCUGUGGCUCUACCAAACCUUCCCAUCUAUGUAAGGAUGCUGACAAGUUUUGGAUGUCCUGGCUAGACUGGAAGAAGAUACCGUUGUCAUCGAAGGCUAUGCGGCACUUCAAACCGAUGGUCAUCUUCCCACUAUUCUCUUCUGUUAUGUCGUACAGCCUCAGUGGUAAGGCCGUCCCGAAUCCGGUUAACGACGCCAACACUAUACUUGAGAGCAUGCAAGAGAGGCUUGCUAAGAAUCCGACGGCGACGGCUGAGGUCAUGGGUCUCCUGCAGCAAAUGUCCAACGUGGACCCCUCCAAUCCUCCCAAGGAGUUGAUAGACCGUCUCCGCGCCCUAAUUCCGAAUGAGAAGGAGGUAAGAGAGACGCCAUCUGGUGGUAAAAGCAAGAGUGCUUCCUCAUCGACUUCCACUACUCCUACUCCUACUAAGGGUGCCGAGGCGGAUGGCUUCCCGAGUGGAAACCAUCACCUUUGCGCUACCUGUGGUAAGGCUGGCGACAAGCUGUGCUCGCGAUGCAAGGCGGUCUACUACUGCAGUGUGGAGUGCCAGAGACGAGGCUGGUCAGCUCACAAGAAAGUGUGUGGACACUGA